AUAAUCAUCAGAAUGACAUUUAUGUGAUAAAACACAAUCUUGAUGUUACACAUACUUUUACUGAUGAACAAUGAUCAGUGUCUUUUAUGAAUACCCAUUAUAACCCCCCCCCCCCCCUUUUGGGCAUCAAUUUUUUCACAACAGUAUGCACAGACCCUCAAACGGAGGGAUAUUCUUGUUUUACGGGUGAAACUGUGUUAGGGGUUUUGAAACCUAUUUUAAAAAUAUUAUUUGAGAUAUUUCACAUUAAUUUUUCAACGAGAAUAUAUUUGCAGAUAAAGGAUAUUGGAUGAAUAUAUGAAAUUUCAUUGUUAUUAUCUGUAACAUGUUGUAAUGCAUUAUUAUAGACGACAAGGUUCAGUAUAAAGGGGUACACAGUAGUUCCACAUACGUGAACUUAUUAACAGUUCACAGUUUUACUUCCUAACUUUUAGCGAUAUGCGUGAAGUCUUGAAUACUUCUAUCUGGACAAUGUUGUGUAAUUACAUAUAACAGGUAUAUUCAGUCCAACCUGAGCAUAUGCGACUGCAUACAAAUGACAAUGAAAUUCCACCUACACGUAUAAUUCUUUCAUUUAUAAACACACAGAAAAUUAAUUUAUAAGAUGUUUGUUAUUUGGACCACAAUGCAAAAUUCAGGACUUUUGAUAAUUGUUAUUCCUUUGUGUCCUCAUUAAAAUUACACGGGGUAUAGAAAUUUACAGUACAAGAGGUCCAUGGGCCACAUCGCUCACCUGAGCAACACUAGGCAGGAUAAAAUCGGCUUCGUUGAGUCACAAUACAAAAUUCAGUCUGAGGCUGCUGACAUACAUGGUAUUUCUCAACCCUCAUUCAGCAGAAUGUUUAUGGGAGUCAUUGAUGCCCUGAAUGCCAGCCUUGACAACAUCAUUUUUCCGAUGGGGCAAGAGGAAAUUCUUCGGACAAAGGAGGACUUUUUGAGGGUGGCAAACUUCCCCAACGUAGUUGGUGCCAUUGAUGGAACUCUGAUUCCAAUCAUGGGAAUGACUGGAGACGAUGAGCAUGUUUUUGUGUGCAGGAAAGGGUUUGAUGCCAUAAAUAUGCAGGGAAUCGUGACCGCUGACCUGAGAUUUACUAACAUCGUUUGCAAGUAUGGGGGUGCCACACAUGAUGCAUACAUACUUGCAAACUCGAGCAUUCCCGAGAUAAUGGACCAGCUGCCAGGUGGAGGAUGGCUUUUAGGGGACAGUGGCUACCCCCUUCGUCCAUGGCUAAUGACUCCUUUCCUCACGCCCCAAGCAGGACAACAGGAGAAGUACAAUGCCAGUCACAUCAAGACAAGAAACUGCGUUGAGAGGGCUUUUGGUGUUCUUAGUCCAGAUUUCGAUGUCUGCACAAAACAGGAGGAGCUUUGGCCUACACCCCUUCAAAAUGUGUAAGGAUCAUCGAAUGUUGCUGCCGCCUCCACAACAGGGCCAUCGAAGACCGCAUUCCAGCACCAGCAACAGGACAAGUACCC